GAGGAGGCGGCGGCGGGAAGAGGCGGCGGCGGCGCUGCUGCAGUGAGGCAGGUGGCGACGACCCGUGGCGUCCGCGUCCGAGGCGAUAGAGGGUGUUUUGAAGGCUAUCCUCUGGAUCUCUGCUUCCUGAGUAGCUGGAUUUACAGAUGUGAGCCACUGUGCUUCACUGAGAACCAUGUUUUUGAAGAUAGCUAUUUCAUCCAGCAACUAACUUCACCAUAGAAACACCCACAGUUGUAUUGAUGGUUGGGGAAAAAUAGUGGCAACACAAAAGAAAAACAGCUUUGACCCACAGAGAAAAUGAGUAUGCUAAAACCAAGUGGGCUUAAGGCCCCCACCAAGAUCCUUAAGCCUGGAAGUACAGCCUUGAAGACACCUGUUGCUGCUUCAGCUCCAGUAGAAAAAACAAUAUCCAGUGAAAAAGCUUCAAGCACUCCAUCUCCUGAGACUCAAGAGGAAUUUGUGGAUGACUUUCGAGUAGGAGAACGUGUUUGGGUGAAUGGGAAUAAGCCUGGGUUUAUCCAGUUUCUUGGAGAAACCCAGUUUGCACCAGGCCAGUGGGCUGGAAUUGUUUUAGAUGAACCCAUAGGCAAGAACGAUGGUUCUGUAGCAGGAGUUCGGUAUUUUCAGUGUGAACCUUUAAAGGGCAUAUUUACUCGGCCUUCAAAGUUAACAAGAAAAGUACAAGCGGAAGAUGAAGCCAAUGGCUUGCAGAUGGCUCAUGCAUCCAGAACUGCUUCUCCUUUGUCCACUUCUGCAGCUAGCAUGGUGUCCACUUCCCAGGCCACCCCCUCAAAUAUUCCCCAUAAAUCAUCCCAGCCAACAGCAAAGGAAACAGCCACACCUCAGAUCAGCAACCUUACAAAAACUGCCAGUGAAUCAAUCUCCAACCUUUCAGAGGCUGGCUCAAUAAAGAAAGGAGAACGGGAGCUCAAAAUUGGAGACAGAGUAUUGGUUGGUGGCACUAAGGCUGGUGUAGUCCGAUUCCUUGGGGAGACUGACUUUGCCAAGGGGGAAUGGUGUGGUGUGGAAUUAGAUGAACCUCUUGGGAAGAAUGAUGGUGCAGUUGCUGGAACAAGGUAUUUUCAGUGUCAACCCAAAUAUGGCUUGUUUGCUCCUGUCCACAAAGUGACCAAGAUUGGCUUCCCUUCUACAACACCAGCCAAAGCCAAGGCCGCCGCCGUGAGGCGUGUGAUGGCCACUACGCCUGCAGGCUUGAAGCGCAGCCCAUCUGCCUCCUCCCUCAGCUCCAUGAGCUCUGUGGCCUCCUCUGUGAGCAGCAAGCCUAGCCGGACAGGACUAUUGACUGAAACCUCUUCCCGCUAUGCCCGCAAGAUAUCGGGUACCACUGCCCUCCAGGAGGCACUGAAGGAGAAACAGCAGCACAUUGAGCAGCUGCUGGCUGAGCGGGACCUGGAGCGGGCCGAGGUGGCCAAGGCCACCAGCCACGUGGGGGAGAUAGAGCAGGAGCUAGCCCUGGCCCGGGAUGGGCAUGACCAGCAUGUCCUGGAAUUGGAGGCCAAGAUGGACCAGCUUCGAACAAUGGUGGAAGCAGCUGAUAGGGAGAAGGUGGAACUUCUCAAUCAAUUGGAAGAGGAGAAAAGGAAGGUUGAGGACCUUCAGUUCCGAGUUGAAGAAGAAUCAAUUACUAAAGGCGAUCUUGAGGUGGCUACUGUGUCAGAAAAGUCUCGUAUAAUGGAACUAGAAAAAGACCUAGCAUUGAGAGGACAGGAAGUAGCUGAGCUCCGAAGAAGGCUAGAGUCCAGUAAACCUGUUGGAGAUGUGGAUAUGUCGCUGUCCCUUUUGCAAGAAAUAAGCUCUUUGCAAGAAAAGUUAGAAUCCACCCAUACUGACCACCAGAAAGAAAUAACUUCACUGAAGGAUCAUUUUGGAUCUCGGGAAGAGACAUUUCAGAAGGAAAUAAAGGCUCUGCAUGUAGCCACAGAGAAGCUUUCCAAAGAGAAUGAGUCCUUGAGAAGCAAGCUUGACCAUGCUAACAAGGAGAACUCAGAUGUGAUAGCUCUGUGGAAGUCUAAGCUGGAAACCGCCAUCGCAUCCCACCAGCAGGCAAUGGAGGAGCUGAAGGUGUCCUUUAGCAAAGGGGUUGGAACAGAGACGGCCGAAUUUGCUGAGUUAAAGACACAAAUAGAGAGAUUGAGACUAGAUUACCAGCAUGAAAUAGAAAGUCUGCAGAAUAAACAAGACUCUGAACGGUCUGCUCAUGCUAAAGAGAUAGAAGCCCUGAAGUCUAAACUGAUGGCAAUCAUUAAGGAAAAGGAGGACAACCUGGAGGCCAUCAAAUCGAGACUGGACAAAGCCGAAGACCAGCAUCUAGUGGAAAUGGAAGACACGUUAAACAAAUUGCAGGAGGCUGAGAUAAAGGUAAAGGAGCUAGAGGUUCUGCAAGCCAAGUGCAAUGAACAAGCCAAAGUCAUUGGUAAUUUUACAUCACAGCUCAAGGCUGCUGAAGAAAAGCUCUUGGAUCUUGAUGCACUUCGGAAAGCCAGUUCCGAAGGUAAAUCGGAAAUUGAGACACUUAGACAGAAGCUUGAGGCAGCUGAGAAACAGAUUAAAACUUUAGAGGUUGAAAAGAAUGCUGAAAGUGGCAAGGCUAGUAGCAUUACCAAAGAGCUCCAGGGGCAAGAGCUAAAGCUUACUAACCUUCAGGACAAUUUGAGUGAAGUCAGCCAAGUCAAAGAGGCUUUGGAAAAAGAACUUCAUAUUUUGAAAGAAAAGUUUGCUGAUGCUUCAGAAGAGGCAGUCACUGUUCAGAAAAGUAUGCAAGAAACUGUAAAUAAAUUACACAAAAAGGAAGAAGAGUUUAACAUGCUGUCUUCUGAAUUGGAGAAGUUGAAAGAAAAUUUAACAGAUAUGGAGGCCAAAUUUAGAGAGCAGGAUGAAAGAGAAGAACAAUUGACAAAGGCGAAGGAAAAACUGGAAAAUGACAUUGCAGAAAUAAUGAAGAUGUCAGGAGAUAAUUCUUCUCAGCUGACAAAAAUGAAUGAUGAGUUGCGUCUGAAAGAAAGAUGUGUAGAAGAAUUACAGCUAAAACUUACAAAGGCUAAUGAAAAUGCAAGUUUUCUGCAGAAAAAUAUUGGGGAAAUAACUCUUAAAGCUGAACAGAGCCAGCAGGAAACAGCCAAAAAGCAUGAAGAAGAAAAGAAAGGAUUAGAAGAAAAAUUGUUGGACCUGGAAAAGAAAAUGGAAACAAGCCACAACCAGUGUCAGGAUCUGAAAGCCAGGUAUGAAAAAGCCAGUUCCGAUAUGCAAACAAAGCAUGAAGAAAUCCUGCAGAACCUCCAGAAGAUACUGUUGGACACAGAGGAGAAGCUGAGGACUGCGCAGGAGGAGAACAGAGGCUUGAUGCAGGAGAUGGAGGAACUGAAAACACAGGCCGAUAAAGCCAAAUCGCUAACUUAUUUGUUAACAUCAGCCAAAAAAGAAAUUGAACUAAUGUCAGAAGAGCUGAGGGGUCUGAAAUCAGAGAAGCAGCUUCUUGCACAGGAAGGCAAUGCUUUAAAGGUAGAAAAAGGUUCACUUUUAUCAAAGUUGAUAGAAAUGGAGGCCAAAAUAACUUUGCUUCAGGAAGACCAACAGAAACUAUGGUCAGCAAACAAAACUCUCAAUUUAGAAAAGGAAAAAGUUUUAAAAGAAAAGCAAGAUGCUGAAAAGCUUUACAAGCAAGAACAUCUUGAUAAAGAAGCUUUGGCUAUUGAGAGAGAAAAACUGCUGAAAGAAAUCAGCGUUGCACAGGAAGAACUUUUGAAGAUAAAUGUGGAAAAUGACUCUUUGCAAGCUUCCAAGGUGCACAUGCAGACGCUCAUCGAGGAGCUCCACUUCCGCACAGAUGCUCUCAUAGCUAUGUCUGAGAGGGCUCGGGUAGAGAAAGACCACCUGGAGGAUCAGAUCAAGAAGCUUUCUGCUGAAAACCUUAUCUUGACGAAAGACAAGGAUGACAUCAUUCAGAAACUUCAGAGUGCUUACGAGGAGCUUGUCAAGGAUCAGAAAGCCUUAGUCCACGAGAUUGAAGAGCUCACAACCGAGAAGAGGUCAACAGCUGAGAAGCAGUUGAGCCUCGACAACAUGUGCCUGGCCCUAAAGGCAGAACGAGAGAGCCUUCUCCAAAGCAACAGAGACCUGCAGCUUGAGAAGGACACACUACGUCAGGGUCAGGAGAAGCUGAGUGCCAGCCUGGAGGCUGCCCUGCAGGUCAAACAGCUCCUCAGCACUGAAGCUGAUGCUCUGCGCACACAGCUGGACUGUGCCAGCAAAGCACUGAGGAAGGCUGAGCUGGAGACAAGGCAGCUUCAGGCUACCAAUGCAAGUCUUACAAAGCUCCUGGAAGAGAUUAAGACAAGCCGGGCAAUCACAGACUCUGAGUGCAUCCAGCUUCUUCAUGAGAAAGAGACUCUGGCUGCCUCUGAGAGGAGGCUUCUGGCUGAGAAAGAAGAACUUUUAAGUGAAAAUAGUCUCAUUACUGAAAAACUCAACAAGCACUCUGAAGAAGCCACUCAUCUUGAGAUGAGUCUCAAUGACAAAAUCACAUGCCUAGCUUCUGAGAAGGAGAUAGCUUGUCAGAAAAUUACUAAGCUUAAAAAGCAGCAAGACAGCCUCUUGAAAGAAAAAUCGGCACUAGAAGUACAAAUUGGAGAUUUACUUUCAGAAAGAGAGAAUUCCAUCAAAGCCAUAGGAGACCUUAAAAGAAAGUAUGAGCAAGAGGCUGCAAGCCGAAGAAUAAUUGUUCAGGAGAAGAUGAAACUACUUGGUAAUAUCGAUGCUCUGAAGAAAGAGCUUCAGGAGAGAAAACAGAAAAAUCAAGAGCUAGAGGCCAGUAAGUGUGACCUCUCUUUAAUGCUGAAAGAAGCUCAGAAUGCCAAAAGGGAUCUUGAAAAAGAACACACCAACAUGAUGCAAGCAAAGGAGAGUUUGAAUGCUGAGCUGAAGACUUGUUGUUGUGAAAAGAACAUAUUGCUGAGGGAUGGUUUAAGCCUGCAAGAAGAAUGUCAGAAAUUAAAUGAAGAGAUUCAUACAAUACAGCAGUCUUUAAUCCUGGAAAAAGAGGCCAGAGUGAAGGAAAAUGAGUCAUCCUUGUAUGAAAACAAUAAACUUCAUGGCAGAAUGGUGCUCUUGGAGCAGGAAGUGGAUGGGUUAAGAGUAUGUACAGAACAGCUUCAGUCUGAGAAUUUUGUACUAAUGCAAGAAAAAACCAAAUUGGAACAACAAGUGGUAGAGAUAAUUAAGGAAAAGGAGCUCUUGAGCAUGGAAACAGCUCAACUUGCUGCCAAUAUCGAGACCCUGAAAAGUGAUUUUGCUGCUCUAUCCAAGUCCAAGUUGGAACUGCAGGAACUCCACAGCUGCCUCACCAAGAUCCUGGAAGAUCUUCGGCUGAACCAUGAGGUGGCUGUGGCUGACAGAGCCAAGGUGCUACAGGAUAACAAGAGUAUCCUGGCUGAGAAAAGAGAAAUGAUGCUGAGAAAUGAUGAGCUCCUGAAGGAGAAGGAGAAGCUGGAAGAAAACUACUUUCUCCUACAGAAGGAGAUUAGCCAGCUGGCCAAGACCAACAGCCACAUUUCAACCAACCUUCUAGAAUCUCAAAGUGAAAACCGUACUUUGAGGAAAGACAAGAGCAAGCUUACCCUUAAAAUUAGAGAGCUUGAGACUCUUCAUUCAUUUACGGCUGCUCAGACUGCAGAAGAUGCCAUGCAGAUAAUGGAACAGAUGACCAAAGAGAAGACAGAAACUCUGGCCUCCUUGGAGGACACCAAGCAAACAAAUGCAAAACUACAGACCGAAUUGGAUACACUUAAAGAAAACAACCUGAAAAAUGUGGAAGAGCUGAACAAAUCAAAAGAGCUUCUAACAGUUGAGAAUCAGAAAAUGGAAGAAUUCAAGAAAGAAAUAGAAACCCUAAAGCAGGCAGCAGCUCAGAAGUCCCAGCAGCUUUCGGCAUUGCAAGAAGAGAACGUCAAACUUGCUGAGGAACUGGGGAGAAGCCGAGACGAAGUCACAAGUCAUCAAAAGUUGGAAGAAGAAAGAUCUGUACUAAACAAUCAAUUGUUAGAAAUGAAAAAGAGAGAAUCAAAGUUCAUAAAAGACGCUGAUGAAGAAAAAGCCUCCUUGCAGAAAUCCAUCAGCAUCACCAGUGCUUUGCUCACAGAGAAGGACGCAGAGCUGGAAAAGCUGCGGAAUGAGGUCUCAGUGCUCAGAGGAGAAAAUGCCUCUGCCAAGUCCUUGCAUUCCGUUGUUCAGACUCUGGAGUCUGAUAAGGUGAAGCUUGAGCUCAAGGUAAAGAACUUGGAGCUUCAACUCAAAGAAAACAAGAGGCAGCUCAGCAGCUCCUCAGGUAAUACUGAUGCUCAGGCAGAAGAGGACGAAAGAGCCCAGGAGAGCCAGAUUGAUUUCCUAAAUUCAGUAAUAGUGGACCUUCAAAGGAAGAAUCAGGACCUGAAGAUGAAGGUAGAGAUGAUGUCAGAAGCGGCUCUCAAUGGCAAUGGGGAUGACCUGAACAACUAUGACAGUGAUGACCAAGAGAAACAGUCCAAGAAGAAGCCCCGCCUCUUCUGUGACAUUUGUGACUGCUUUGAUCUCCACGACACCGAGGACUGCCCCACCCAGACACAAAUAUCUGAGGACCCUCCCCACUCGACGCACCACGGCAGCAGGAGUGAGGAGAGGCCAUACUGUGAGAUCUGUGAGAUGUUCGGGCACUGGGCGACCAACUGCAACGAUGACGAGACCUUCUGAGGGCCUCGGCGCAGAAGUGGGAUUGCUCAGAGACACUGGCACCAAAGCAGCUUAACACCAGCAUUGCGUGUGCAACUUCAGCAGAACUCCUGUUAGUUUGGUCAGCAAAGCUAAGAAAAUAUUUAGGUCUUCAACAAGUCACUUUUAAUCUUCUUUUAAGUUAGAAUAGUAAAUAAAUAUGUAGUAGGUGAACUUUCACCUUUCAUCUUGUUUUCUGAAGUUUUAAGUUUAAGAUAUUGCACCAGGUGCUGUUUCGUUUAUUGUCCCUCAUGGAACAAGCCCAACCCUUACCAUACCUUAUUUAAGAAACUUUAAAUUAUGCCGUUAUUUUUCACAUUUGCACUAAAAAUUUCUGGGCUGCAUUUUGUGUAUUUAGAUUUUUUUUUUUGGUGAAGCUUGACACUGGAACGAGUUGCAAAAAAUGUACAGUUUAGUGUUUCCAUAAGUAUCAGCUGUCUGCACUCCCCGCCGUCAGCAGUGCCUUGUCGCCAGGCUUGACAGCACAGGUGUGAUUCUGCGUCAUGAAGCGGGUAACAGAGGGAAGCCCCCAACUGCUGUGGGACAUUUUAUAAUAUUUAUGCUGCACCCACGUUCUCGCUGCGGUGUCUUCUCUAUUGGGUUAAUAAUUUCAGCUUCUAUAUAUUAUAUGUAUAUAUUUUUUAAAGAAAUCUAUAUUUUGGAAAAAAACACAGUGUGUUUUUCUUUUCAGAUUUUUUUACCUUUAUGAAAAAGCAAACACCUAAAAUCAUCGUCAGGGCUAGGCCAGAAAUAGCAUCAUGUGGCUCCAAAGCUAUUUUUCCUUUUUUUUUUUCCAUUUUGUUUCUUUACCAAAUAGAAAUCGCUGGAAGAACUUUUUUCCAGUUAAUUUUUUUUCCCCUUCUCUAGCAUACUUCUCCAGCAGUGAAUUAAUUAUAAAACACAUAAAUUAACCAACUACAGUCUUCCUUUACAAGUUUUUUUAAACUGUAUUUUUACAUGAAUGUACGAUGAGAAAUUCAACAUUGAUUUUCUUAUCACAGGAAAAUAAAAUGAAGGACCUCAACCCCCAGGACAUGUUAGAGAGUAGUGGCAAUGUCUUCUAAAAGGCAUUAAGAUGAUGCACCGUCCAUGCGACCUGUAUAAUAAGAACUUGUAUAAUUGUAGAUAUGCCUUUGAUGGAUUUCCUCCCCAAGAUGAUCAACUGUGUGUCUGACAAGUGGAUAUUAAACACAUCUGUUACCAGUUAAUAAGAUCAUAGGAAUUGUUUCACAGACUUAACAUUUAAAGCAGUAUUAAAACCUGCACAAACAAGUGUUCUUGUAACUACUUUAAUAAAUGGUUAUUUUGUUUUCA